CUAUCUCGCACGGUACAUGAUAACGAUGAUGGGCUUCUUCAGCGUGUACGCCGGCCUGAUCUACAACGACUUCUUCUCGCUGCCGCUUAACCUGUUCGGAUCGUCUUGGGUCUGGUCCGAUGGAGUUGACACGGAGGAGGGCGAGGAGGCGGAGAACGUGAGCUUCUACGGUGAUGCCGACGCCGUGUACCCCUUCGGCGUCGACCCCGCUUGGCACAUCGCCGGAAACGAGCUGCUCUUCUUCAACUCGAUGAAGAUGAAGACCUCGGUGAUCCUGGGCGUGACCCAAAUGACGUUCGGUGUCGUGCUCAAGGCGAUGAACGCGCUGUACUUCAAGGAGUCCCUCGACUUUUUCUACGAAUUCAUCCCCAUGAUCAUCUUCGUCCUGUCUCUCUUCGGGUACGCCUUGUGA